CUUGAAUCGUGAGUGGCUUACAACACUCAGUGAGCACAGGCGCUUCUGCAUGCACUGCCAGCACACAACUCUGCUGUAAAGGGAGGGGAAGCCGGCUUUGCCUCUAAGCAUCACCUCCCAGUAAAGUGAAUAAGCUAAAUGAAAGAACGAAACACAAAAAAGCAAAGAAAAGCAAAGAAAAGAAGGAACCCUGGCUGCCUUCUCAGCCGGUCUGAAUGAAUAAUGAGCUACCUCAGAGGAUUAAAGGUCACCCUGGUCACUGGUCACUUCAAGUGAUGGACAGUAAUUUGUGUUGACAGAUUGGAGGAGUCAUUAGCAAAAAGAGGUUUGAGGGCUUUUUCCCCCCUCUGAUCAUCACAACGUUCACUGCAUAGAGACGGGAGAGAGACGAUAAAGCUCACACAUACAACCAAGGAAACUUGCAGUUUCUACAAGUCAGCUGAAAGCUACUUGGAAUCCUCUUUCUGGCUCUUUCAGCUGAAGAAAACUAAGACAUUGUAAGCUUGCCAGAUUUAUGUGUGAACUGAAAAAGGAACUGAAUUUGUACCACAGUGGGGUCUUUUUUAGAUUUGCACAUAAUUAGACCCAACACAAAAAGAGCAGCUGAAUUGAGGUUGUCACUCUCUGGAAAAGGGACUCCUUGCUGUAAAAGCGCAGAAAGCAUUUUGGAUGGGAGUUUAUAAAAAUGAUGUAGAAUUUCAAAGAUUCAAUGGACUUUUUCUCUGCUAUAUCUAGGAAUAUUCAUGCUAAUGGAUUUCCUUUUUAUUGGUCUCUACCUAAAGUGGCUGCUAAGAAAGCCCCCAGGAUUGAUACUGUGCACACUGGGCAUCUAUUUAAAAAUGUUUCCAGUUGUGGAGAGUAUGUGUCCGAAGCUGUGCCGGUGCGAUGGCAGGCUAUUAUACUGCGAGUCUUUGAAUCUGACAGAGAUACCUGGCAACCUCUCGGGUAUCACAGGCUUGUCUUUGCGGUACAACAGCCUUUCAGAGCUGCGUGACGGACACUUUGUGGGGUUAAUGCAGCUCACAUGGCUCUAUCUGGAUCACAAUCACAUAUUCACUGUAGAAGAGAAUGCUUUCCAGAGGUUGCACAGGGUGAAAGAGAUCAUUCUCAGCUCCAACAGGAUUGAGACCCUCUCCAACACCACUUUCAGCCCCAUGCCCAACCUGCGUAAUGUGGAUUUAUCUUACAAUAACCUACAAGCAUUGGAGCCAGAGCUUUUCCAUGGCCUUAGGAAGCUAACCACUUUACACUUGCGGUACAACGCACUGAAGUUUGUGCCAGUGAGGAUUUUCCAGGAUUGCCGUAGCAUGCAGUUUCUAGAUUUGAGCUACAACCAGCUGCAAAGCCUGGCUCGGAACUCUUUUGCGGGAUUGUUUAAAGUGACUGAGCUGCACCUUGAGCACAAUCAACUGGUAAAAGUCAACCUCGCCCACUUCCCCAGACUUAUCUCUCUGAGAGCCCUCUACAUGCGUAGAAACAAAGCAACCAUCGUGGUUAACACUCUGGACUGGACAUGGAAUUUUCUAGAAAAAAUAGACCUUUCAGGGAAUGAGAUUGAAUACGUUGAACCUCACGUGUUUGAAGCUGUGCCUAACCUGAAAUCCCUGCAACUGGAUUCCAACAGGCUAAGCUACAUUGAUCAAAGAAUCUUAGAUUCCUGGACGUCCCUCACCAGCAUCAGCCUGUCUGGGAAUGUAUGGGACUGCGGCAGAAAUGUAUGUUCCCUGGCAUCCUGGCUGAGCAACUUCCAGGGCCAGCAUGAUAAACCUUUACUGUGCACCACCCCUGAAUAUACACAGGGUGAGGAUGUUCUAGAUGCCGUCUACGCAUUCCAGCUCUGUGAAGAUCCCAUAGAUGCCACAGCUUACACAGAUACAUACACAGAACCCAAGGAUAGGGGAAAUGUUUAUCGUGAUGGAGGGCCCACCAUAACCCCUUACAACGUGCAGAAUAUAGAAGUGGAACUGGUGACCAAUUCGCUUACAGUGACAACAGUUAAUGAGAAUCUUGAAAACACUAUGCACAUCCAUAAGGUGGUCACAGGGACAAUGGCGCUCAUUUUCUCCUUCCUCAUUAUUGUGUUGAUGUUGUAUGUUUCCUGGAAGUGCUUUCCUGCCAGCCUGCGACACUUUAGGCAAUGCUUGACUACACAACGCCGCAAGCAGAAGCAGAAGCAGACCAUGCAGCAAAUGGCUGCCAUAUCUGCCCAGGAGUACUAUGUAGAUUACAAACCCAACCAAAUCGAGGGUGCCCUGGUCAUCAUUAAUGAGUAUGGAUCAUGCUCCUGUCACCAACAGCCAUCAAGAGAGUGUGAAGUGUGAUGUAAUGCUGGGUUUAAAAUGAACGCACUUUGCACUGCACUGCAUAGGACCAACAGAGACUGUGAUUAUGGGUUUACUGUUCUCAAAACAGUUUCUGAGGGGUCUGUAGACUUGAGUGGGGCUGUGCAUUUUUUUUUUUUUUAUGUUUGUUUGUUUAUCACAAAAAUUCAAUAUUUGAGCUUUAAUGUGUUUUUCAACUUCAGAAUAUUUGAACAUCAAUGGACAGCUGAUCAGAAUUUUUAUUAUGGUAACCCUUCUGUGUAAAAUCUGUUAAGCAUACAUGCAAGAGUGAACAAAGAUGCAAGCUAUCC